CCUACGUAACGUUCCAGAAGUGACGUCGGCGGAAGUUAAAAACGUAUACAAGGAAAAUGGCGUCCCCCGGCGACGCAACGCUGGAUACCUCACACGUGGGUAAAAAUAAGGUCCCAGCUCGUUACUGGCUGGAGCUGCAGAAGGAGGGAAAAGAUGAAGCUGAAGUUGGAAAAGACGCAGAACCGAGUAGGAAGCGUCUGCGACGGAAGGAGAAAAAGAAGGAGAAAAAGAAGGAGAAAAAGAAGGAGAAAAUGAAGGAGAAAAAGACACAGAAAGCCAAGAAAAUGAAACAAGAAGACACGCUUGUGAAGCAAACGAUAUCAGGGAAAUCAGACCCCUUCCCUGGGCCUGCUCCGAUUUCACAGGACCGGGUGCAGAAAUUCAAGAGGAAAACUAAAACUAAAAGAUCCGGGAGCGUAGGUAACAAGCUGAGAGACGUGAUAUCCCGCUCUGAAGAAGCCUCAGAAAUGGCCCAGAAGCAAUCUGCCCGGUUUGAUCUCCUACUCCCUGAGGAUGCUGGGUUUCUAGAAGGUGAUGAAGAUGAGGACACGUGUACAAUCUCUCAGGAAGAUAUUGCAGAUGCUGUGGAUAUAACAUCUGGAGCAAAGUAUUUCAACCUGAAGCUGUCUCAGUUUGGACCAUAUCGAGUAGAUUACAGCAAGACUGGGCGUCACCUGCUGCUCGGUGGGAGGAGAGGCCACGUUGCUUGCGUCGACUGGCAGUCCAAACAGCUAAUGUGUGAAAUAAAUGUGAUGGAGUCCGUCAAUGAUGUGAAGUGGCUUCAUAGUGAGGCCAUGUAUGCAGUGGCUCAGAAGAAGUGGCUCUAUAUCUAUGACACCAAUGGAAUAGAGCUUCACUGCAUACGCAAAUUCAACGACGUCCUCCGUAUGCAGUUCCUCCCGUACCAUUUUCUGCUCGCCACAGCAAGCGCUACAAGCUUCCUGCAGUACCUGGACGUGUCCGUGGGGAAGGAGGUCGCAGCCAUCUGCACAAAGACCGGUCGACUUGACGUGAUGUGCCAGAAUCCCCACAACGCCAUCGUCCACCUCGGCCACCACAACGGCACGGUCACUCUCUGGUCACCCAACCAGAAGGAAGCGCUCGUCAAGAUGCUCUGUCAUCAGGGUGGCGUGCGAUCAAUCGCUGUAGACAAGACCGGCACGUGAGUCGCACCUUUAAAAACUUCCAGCUAAUUAUGCAGUGAAACAAACAUAUUGGAGUUUUAGUCAAGUAGAAGAAAGCUGAACUUAUAGUCUGUGUGUGUGUAACCGGUAUUUCUUACAAAUUGUUAUCCAUAUUUUACUUCAGUCUUUAGCUGUGCCGUCAAUAUGUGCAAACCUUGACAUGAACAUAACAGUACAAACUGCAGAGUGUCAAGUAGGGAGUCCUGACCUGUCCUGACUUUUGUAAUCUAAUUAUCUAUGUUUUAAUAAUGGAAAAUACAGCGCUUUUCACAGAUUUCUAUGCCUGUGUCAAUACUUCACGACUUCUUGGGGUGUUGCUUACAACAUCAAUGUGCUGAAGUUAAUUGGGCGAAGAAGUCAGCAGGCUUAGGUUAAAC